AUGGAAAAACGUAUGGUCAAGUUCUUCAAUUGUUUUUCAGUGGACAUUGCACGUGAAUUAUCUCAUGUUCUUGUUAUUCUUGCUUUGUUGAUAUGUGAUGCAAUAUCAAAGGGGAAAUCGGCGUGGCCCGAAGUUACAGGUUCAAUUGGAAAUCAACUGAGACCUGUUGUUCGACAACCGCCAGCAGCACAUCAACGUCCGUGGAGAGAUUAA